AAGUAUCGGGAGCCGUUCGAGCCAUCACAAGCCUCAGUCGCGCCCCGACCGUUCGCCGCCAGAGCCCAACAGAACCCCGUCGAUCGUGGAUCGCUUCAGACUCUGGCCUCUCGACCGUCAAUACCUCGAGUCGUCGCCUUGGGAAUUGAGCCUCCGUUCACGCCUACCAAUAACAGUCCAGAACAUCUUAAGCCAAUCGAGUCGAACCUCCCCAGCAACUCCACGACAGCCGUUGGAGAGCCGCUGCCUUCCUUGAGACCACCGCACGCAUCCACCCCAAGUCUUAGCCGCGUCCCAUCUAGGAAAGCUGCUAUCCCCUGUAAGAGACUGAUCGCCACCCCAUCCUCUCGCUGCCUCGGCAUCCGAAUCGCCGCCCGUCAGCCGCUGAGGCCUCGCAAAUCGCGCCGCCGCUCA